UCAUAUUUCUUUAACCGAAAUUAUACAAGCGCACAUAAAAACGUAAAACCAGCAAUUAAAACAACCUCACAUCAAAAUUGAGCAUUACAUAACAAUGAUUCUAGAACAAACGAAAGUCAACGUGCAUAGUUUAAAACAAACCGACAGAUAAUAGCAGAAUGUAGUUAUAGUUACUUGUUGCAAGCUAUAAGACAACGGGCGACCCCGCGCAUGCGUACUUACCCUCAUUGAUUUUUCUCACUUUGACAGUUCCACCUAUGUUUUGGACCAUCGCUCGCGUACUAACAACAAAGUAAACAAGAAAUGGCUUUAGAUUUUUCUGCAACGUAUAAAUUAUUAGUUUUAGGUGAUUCCAAUGUAGGAAAAACGUGUAUUGUGCAUAGAUAUUGUGAUGAGAGAUACUACGACAUAUACAUAUCUACAAUAGGCAUAGAUUUCAAGCAGAAGAUAAUAAACUUAGACGGCGUGCCAAUCAAACUCCAAAUUUGGGACACGGCCGGGCAAGAGAGGUUUCGUACACUCACAACUGCGUACUACCGCGGCGCUAUGGGCAUUAUUCUUAUGUACGACAUCACUAAUCUGGAGUCAUUCAAUCAUCUGUCAUACUGGCUAAGGAAUAUUCAAGAGUACGCAUCACCGGAUGUUAUCAAGGUUCUAGUUGGUAACAAGUGUGACGUGCAUGAGAACCAUCGAGCAGUCCCUAAAGAGAGAGGCCAAAAGAUAGCUGAUGACUUCGACAUGCCGUUUUUCGAGGUGUCUUGUAAAAGCGACAUAAACAUAGAAGAAGCGUUCCUGACGUUAGCAAGAAAAAUAAGAGAAUACAGAGAGACCAAGGCGGACGCAUUCGAGCUAAAGGAACGAGACAACGUAAUAAAGCCUUCUGAAUCGGAGACUGAUGUGUCAAAGUGUAGCUGUUAGCCUGAUCACCGAUCAAUUCACACCUCUUUAUUAAACGAUGUGGGUAGACAUGAAAUGGUCAAACGAAAACCUUAACAAAAAGGUAACUUAUGUAUCUCCUCGACUAUUCCAUAUUAUAAGACAUCGAAGAACUAAUUAGAUAGUCAUGUACCCUUAAUAGAUAUACUGCCUACGAUUUCUUAAAUCUUCAUUAACUUAAAUAUAAGUCAUACCUAGAUCAAUAGUCAAACAUUGUCUGAAUUUAAAAUUAACUGGUUUUCCGUAGUUCCUAAAAUUAGAAUUGUUUCUUAAUAUAAUUGUUGCUAAAUGAUAUAAUUUAUUUUAAAAUGGAACAAAUAAUUUGUCUUUCAGUUUAUUUUGUUACCUACUUAUUUUUAUUGAUUAUGCUGACUUAAUAGGACCCUCUUACCCUUUCUCUUAGUUUUUAUUUAAAAAUAACUAAUUUAAUAAAACGGUAGUUCAAUGGUAGGAGGGUAGUGAUCGCUUUGAGAUCGCUUAUUGCAUUAAAUGUGCGCUAAAUUGUGUGUACGAUCUGUCGCAUUUUACAAUAUUCGCAACUUAAAUAAAAAAUAAGAUAAUAAACUCAAGUAGUAAAAUUUUCCUAAAAUCUCAUAGUUAAAAUGGUUUCCUGUAAAUUUAAAUCUCAAUUUCAACAAGAUGUGAUAAAUAGACCAGCUUAAACGUCAUGGUACCAACCUAAAUUUAUAAAUAAGGAACCUGUAACGCGCCAUGAGUUGUUUUGUUAUUUGUGAAGUUUACAUAGAUAGUUAAGUUAGAUAUAAAUAAUUAGUUUUAGAUUUCAAUACAAACUCAUAUAUCUACUCAUAGCGAUAUUUCGAUUUCUCGUAGACUUCUAAUCUAAUUGAGGUAAAGUCAAUUUUAAGAUUUUUUGUAAUUCAAACUUCACAAAUAAACAAAAAUGGAUUAUAAUAGUACGCGAUCGCAAAAUACAACAUGCAAGGAAUAAAACAAAAUCACGAAAAUACGUGAGUCGUUUGACAAUAAUCUUGGCUGUAAAUCCUACAUGCAGAAAUGUGUGAAGGAGAAGAGUCAUACUAAGCUUGCAAACUGCGUACCGGCCGCUAUCACAGAAUGGACCAACCGGUCAAAAAACGUAGGUAGGAAAAAAAUAAGUUAAAGAAAAAUAUUUCCUUCUUAUUAGUGGAAAAAAACAUGAAAAUAAAAAAUGCACGAUUAAACGAAGCAAAGAAAUGGAAAAACCUUAACUCAAUUAUAAGUGAAAUAUAAGCGAAUUUAACAACAGUAAAAUAAACACAUCUGUAUGAUCUGUAUCAAUAUCAAGGCUGGUGCUAUUUAUCUCUGGUUGUUGCUAGUUAACUAAUGUCUAAAUAAAAACAAAGUACGGACACUGAGAAGGCCUUUAAUGCUGUAGGUUUAAAUGUAAUUAAAUAAAGCCUACGCGACUAUCAGACUUGCUCAGCAAAAAUUAUACAGACUCAUUUAAAAGCACAUUAUUAUAACGAAUUUACGAAAAAAAUAAUUUAGGGGACGUUUUGUAAUGCGUUUGUUGACUAGCAUUUCCAUUUGGGCGUAAAGUUACAACUAACGCGAUUGUAUUGGAGACUGUUCGAUUUAGAUGUAUAUUUAUGUUGAUAUAGCAUUUUAUGCUAAGUUGUUAUGAUCACUAAAUACAAUUAAGAAUAAUUGUCCGAAAUCAAUUUCAAGGUAGGAAUACAACAUCGUUAAGGGCGGGCCCUACAGAGCUAGCUGCUGGACAGUAAAAAGGAUCGAAAUAAAUUGUUUAAAAGUGUAUUCAUUAGGCUGGAGACACAACAUUUAAAAAGCUGAUAUUUAUUCCUAUUCGACUUCAAUCUCGAUUACUCAUUAACGUUGCCUGCACUUUCUUUAUAUGUUUUACCAUCACUAUUAGUCUACUCGAAAUAACGCCCAAGAUAACGAGGAAAUAUUUUGAGCGCACGAGGGGGCUACCGGCUAAGUGUUCGGAAAUAUUAUUUUAAUUACCAAAUACAAAAAUAUAUACUACGCUUGAUCUUAAGUAGAUGUGGAAUAAAACGUUUUGAACAUUUUUGUAAUCAUGCGCUACGUUAAGCUAAGCUAUGUUGUUUAAGCUAAGAUAAAUAUAAGGCAUAUACUUAGUUGCAAAAUUCUAUGAGAAUUGAGAAUGGUUUUAAAAGCAGUAGGUAUGGAUUUACAGCGCUAAGUUAAUAUGCUUAAAAAAAGGUGCACAGCCAUAUAGCAUAAUAAUGAUCUCAAUUGUAACAGUAAAAGAAUAAGUCAGCCAUCAUUGUAACUUUCGUUCCUGCCGGCGCUUCGUAAGUCCAAAUUGACUUUAAGAAAAUAAAAUAAUAAUAUCCGUUCUCCAUAUCACACACGCUAGAACAACGAAGGUAAAAAUAUCUCUUGUCCACCUAUCUGUGAAAAAAUUAUAAAUUAAAUUGGCGCCAGAUUUAAGCGAUAAUGUUGUAAGCUUUAAAAAAAAAGAGUAUUGAUUUUUAGUUAAUAGAAUUAGGUACAUUUUAGAGAGUACUUAUAUCUGUUUGCUAUCAGUGUGCUUCUGGGGUUUACCUUUAGCAUUACUAGGUAAUUAUAUUAACCAGUAUUAGAGUUUUAGAUUGACGUUAUGAUAUACCUCACUCUUGUUUUUUUAAUACAUCUCCAAUGAGUCACUUUAGCUGUAACGUUUUUUACACUAGCACAACUAAUCUAACACUAGUUUUUAAAAGUUCAAUGUAUAAUAAAGUUUUAAUAUAAAAAA